UACGGGAUCAAUAACUCAUACGCUGAAUUGCUGCAGUCUACAGACGCCGAAUCCCAAUUGAAUGGCCUUAGGAGGCGUAAUCAACUGCUCGAAGGCUAGAACCUCUGCUAGCGCCACCGUUACCUCCGCCAUGUUAUCUACUUCAAUUCUUCCUAGGUUUUCAUAUUCAUCACUAAAGUGCAAGACCAAGUUCGUUUAUUUUCAUCGUCACGGGAUCCGCGUCCCUCUUUCUACUCGGUUCUUCUGCAAGUGUUUUAAUGACCAGGACCCAGAUGACAUAACUUCCUAUAGGCAGGCUUUCUCUCGGAGAAUGGCCAUGGCAGGGCUCAAGCCGCAUCAUCGUAUUGCUUUAGGAGUAUCUGGGGGCCCUGACAGUAUGGCCCUCUGCGUAUUGGCCGCUGGCUGGAAAACUGAAGACCCGGAUGCCUUUGGUAAGGCCAAUGGUUUCAUUGAUGGUCUUUUGGCAAUAAUUGUUGAUCAUGGACUACGUGGGGAGAGCAAAGCUGAGGCUAAUCUUGUUUCUUCUCGUGUGUCUGAUAUGGGAAUCAGAAGUGAGAUUGCUCGUUGUGAGUGGUCAGACGGGAGGCCAAAUCAGGGGCACUUACAAGAAGCAGCCCGUGACAUGAGGUAUCAAAUAUUUCAGACUGUUUGCACUCAACAACAGAUUGGUGUGUUACUUGUUGCUCAUCAUGCAGAUGACCAGGCUGAGUUAUUCAUUCUUCGACUAUCUCGCAAUAGUGGUGUGCUUGGACUUGCAGGCAUGGCAUUUACAUCUCAAAUGUUCCUAUCUACUCAUCCUUAUGGUAAAAAUGCAAGAAACUAUGGCAUUCUUUUAGUGAGGCCACUUCUGGAUUUCUCAAAAGAAGACAUGUAUAAGAUAUGUCAGGGCAGUAACCAGUCUUGGGUGGAAGACCCAACUAAUAAAAGCCCAUUGUAUGCUCGGAAUAGGAUUCGAAUGUCAUUAGAAAAUCUGUCAUCACGUACCUUCAAGUCUGAGAUGCAAGCAGUUAUUUCUGCCUGUCGAAAAACACGUGCGUAUGUUCACCAAAUUUGCUGUGAUUUGAUAAAUCAGGCUGUGACUAUAACGGAUCAAGGUUAUGCUGUUAUUGACUUGUCGAUUCUUUAUCCAUUAAAAAUCAAGGACAUCUACCUGUCACAGUUUGUAGCCUUGGUCUUGCAGUUUAUCUCACAAAGGCACAGGCCCAUAAGGGGUGGUGCUUCAAAGUUGCUGUUGGAUUACAUUCGUACUUUCCCUUGCAAGACCUCCCUCACUGUGGCUGGCUGUUACCUAUGUCCAGCUCCUGGGUCUAAGGGUGCCAAGUUUUUGGCUUGUUGUUCUACGAAUCCUCUGCCUUUGCAAAUGGAAGUUUUUGACUCUCCAUCUCACGAAGAAGAAAAGCAAUAUAUUUCGAGUGAGUUAAAGCAAAUCUUACUUGAUGGCAAGGCAUACUCAGAUAACUUAGUUCCCGAUGCAUCGGAUGUACAUUUUUUGGACAUCACAUCUCAAUCAGUUCUAACUGAAGCCAAGAGGCUCAAUAUUAUUAGUGAGCCAACAUAUCAGAGUGUUCUUUUAUUGCAGAAGGAGGAAAUGGGUCAUUUCAAGAGUAAAACUGAAGUUACAGUUGAUUGCGACUCUAAGGAUGAAAUCAAAUGUGUUGACACAUCUUCAAGUGUAAGACUUCAACCUGGACAAACAUGCUACUUCAUGAACAGAUUUUUUGUUACAUGGGAACUCAAAAACAAUGGUUUUGGCAGCGGACAUUCCAGGGAAUGUUAUCGUGACGGGGAUUUCACAGAGGAAACUCAGCAAUGUAACUGCCUGUCCUGUGUAUUUGAUAGUGAGAUGGGAGCUGAGGUGCGGCAUAUGAUUGAAUCUGACUGGCUGUUUCUUGCUAAGUUGUCUCAAUCUCUUAGCUUGCAACAUGCUCAACAGGAAAGCAUUCUCUCAGAUAGUAAAACAGAUCAAAUAAUGCAGAAGUCGAAUCCCUGCUUAGAUUAUGCAAGAUCAUUGGCUCAAAGAGCUCUCUGGCUCUUGAAAUCUAUUCCAGUUGCUGCCAGAAGAAGUCUGCCAGUUCUUGUGAAUAGUCAAGGGCUGUUAUUAAGCAUACCAAGCAUUGGCUUCCAGCAAUGCCCUUCUGUGAUUGUUUCCGCUUCAUUCAAGCCAAGAGUACCACUCGGGGGAGGUCGUAGUUCUUUUAUUUAACAUUCAUCCCGUGAGAAAGAAUAUCUAUCUUCAUCUAGCAAGCCUAUGGUUGGUGUUGGCCACAGCAAACAUUUGCAUCGGUACAGAGUGAAUCUGUGGUACUUGUAUUCGAUCCAUGGCGCUUAUAUUUAUCGUUCACUUACCAGCCGGAGAGCAUUUUUUUUGUCAUUUGGAUCGGUAGGUUAUUCCAGAAAAUAUCGCAAAAGGGUUCAUAAAAUGUGAAUUCCCUUCUCCACUGCAGUUGCAUUGUUUUAAUUUGCUGGUAUUUCUUCUUUAACUUCUUGCAGGUUGAGGUUUCAGCACUCUGGUGCGCAAAUGUAUUGUGCAUAUUAGUUUGGAAGCAUUUAACUCGCCUACUGCUACCUUUUCUCGUUAUGAUUUUGUUUUAUGAAGACUGAUCGAAUCAGAAGACUUCAUCUGGAAUGAAAGAGAGAAAAAGAACAAAAGAGAGAAUGGCUGGUCUGAUUCUGUAUAAUUACCGUUACUAAUGUAUAAAAUCUAAUGAAAUGUUUUCCUGCUGAA